GCAACUUUUAACUAGAAAUGGUUGGCAGGUUGAACUUGCCAAAUGUAUGUGACGGAGAUCCACUGGAUAUGAGCUGCAGGGCUGAGAGAGGACUUGACAGCCCGGACUCUGGGUUACCCCCGAGCCCGAGCCCCAGCGCCUGGCUGCUGCCUGCGUGUGUGGACAAAGCCGGGGGCGUGAGCCCGGUGUCUGAGGACGAGGGAAGGGGCUCCUUGGUUCCAGUUUUACCCGCCGGAUCUUUCCCACAGCUACACCCGCUGUCCUUUGGGGAAGGCAUAGCACUUGAUCCAUUACCGCCGAAGGAAAUAAGAUACACGUCUUCCGUGCACUACAACUCGGACCGCCACUUCAUCCAGGACGUGGCCCUGCAGCCAUGGGGCCAGGGCCUUGAACACUGCAGGCAGACUAUCAUGGCCGUGCCCCACAGCACCUGGCGCCACUACAAAACACAACUGGAGUUCCAGCCUCGCCAUCGGCCGCAGCGCUUCAAGAGCACCACGAUCAUCUACCCGAAGAAAACCAGCACUGUUUACACCACAGAGCUGAGCUACGACUGCCACCGACUAUCCAGACGUUUCCUCUCCAGUGUGGAGCUGGAAGCGGCUGGCCACAGAAAGCUACCUCAGUGACGGGAGCGUGGGCUGGUUGCUGGGGACACGCAAAGGCAGUCAUUCCCAUGGCCCCUAUACUGUGGCUUCCAGGCUGGCUGCCAUUGACCUGCUGUGUUGUCUUUUUACAGUUGUGUAGCCUAUUAUCCUUUUAAGUGCCUAUCCCAAGCUGUGGACAGGGGGUAUCUGUGCUGUCAUGUUACAGAUGGCAGAGGUGUUGUGUGUAUGAUGUCUGUAUAUCCCUGCCAAUGAAUGAAACUAUCAGUUGGCAUGAAUAUUUAAUUAUGCGCUUCAGUUUGUAACUUGUUGAAAAGUUUCCAGAGGCAUGAUCGUCUUUGAUUUGUUUCUUUUGGCUGUAGAAUGGACUUAUAUGGGUUGAGAAAAGGAGAAUACUUACUUGCCCUCAGCAAAGUCACUCUCCUCAUGUCACAGGGUAUUGAUUUCUUCUGCACACCAUAGCACAAGCUAAGCUCUUCCCAAGCCUUUUCUCUGGCCACUGUUUGUGGCUGAGAUCCAUAAAUAUUAUGUAAAUGUUGGAAGAUUAAGGGAACUUUUCUGUUCAUUGUGACGUGUAAGUUUAAACUGAUUAAGUAGGUAGUAUAGACGGAUUGUGAGCAUGGAGUUUUCUGAAAAGUGGAUAAUAUUUUUGAUAUCACUCACUGGCUUACUAGUGAAAAUAACAAGUUGCAUUCCACUGCUAUCACUUUCUUUGGUUUGACUUGGAUUGAAAUUGUAUUUAUUCUGUUGAAGUAUUACGAUCUGAAAAUUUUAUCAGCUCAUUCACGGGUCUCUACAGUCAUGGCAAGGGCUAUAUUUGUGAUGCCCAUUGUGCCUUACUGAUGUAUCUGUUGAUGCUUCUUUUUGAUAUUAGCCAGUUUGAAAUAAAGUGUUUAUUAUUUCA